UUCAAUGACAGAUCUGAGGCCUUAAUCUAAAGCGCUUUGUUUCUGGUUUAGUUUUGCCCAAGUUUGACGUGACCGUAAACGCACCGCAGACCUACAGUGUUGCAGUUAUGGGACUGAAAGUUGAGUCUUGUGCCAAGUGAGUGAUGCUUUAUUUUCUUGUCUUGUGGUUGGUCAGUUCUUUAUCUUGUUAUGAUGUUUCCCAGAUAUACAUAUGGCCAACCUGUACCUGGUCAAGCCUUAGUGGAAGUGUGCCGUGAUCCAUUUCCAUACAGUCUGCUUCAUAAUUUGACCAGACAGUGCCUGACUCAAACCGCAAAGAUGAAUGCCACGGGCUGUGCCUCUCUUACUGUUGAUGCGUCAGUGUUUUUCAACACCAAAUUUGAAGACCAAAUGCAAGACACAUUUCUUGUAAAUGUGAAUGUUACUGAGGAGGGAACAGAUGUAAUUGUGUCAAAAUCUGCAAUGGUGUCCUUUGCAAAACAAAGUAUAUUUCUUGGAGGGGAGCAACUGGCCCAACAAACUGCUGUUGAAUCUAACCACAAACAAGAAUGGACGGGCUGCGUUCUCCCUAAACACGGCUGAUCUGAAUCUGGUGCCGAGUGCUAAACCAGAGGUUUUGAAUGGUUCUAAAUCGCCAUACUUCACUGCAGAUACAAGUGACCGUGGAGUAUUCAUUUGUUGCAGAGGCUGGUAGCUACAGUGAUGACAAUCUAUAUGGUCUCAUCCAAAGGAGUGAUCGUCCUCCAUGGAUUUCAGACGGUUAAAGCACAGGCUGGUGAUGCAGUCACAAGUGGCUCUGUGACGUUCCAGUUGUCUGUCAGCGUCGCUAUGGCUCCAGCAGUGCAGAUUCUGGUCUACAGUGUUCUUCCCAGUGAGAAUGUAGUUGCUGCUAGUGUUCCGUUUGACACCGAUAUGUGUUUCCAGAACCAGGUGUCUCUGCAGUUUUCUCCAGCUACGGCUGUUCCUGCGGAGGGAAACGUUCUGAUGGUUUCUGCUCAAGCAGGAUCUCUGUGUAGCGUCAGUGCUGUAGAUCAGAGUGUCCGGAUCAUGGAGCCAGGAAGACGUCUGAGUGCCUCAAUCAGGUUUUUUGUUUGGGUUUUUAAUCUGAAUAUUUCAGUGUGUGGCACUUCUGAUUAGAAUGCCACUUCAGUUUACUCCAGUGUCUUAAGUACAAGGGCCUGAAUUUUUAGCGCAACUUCAGUGUCGGUAUGUCUGUUAGUUUGAUUCUUGCUCUAGAAAUUGGUACAUGACUUAAAGAUAAAAUGAAAAAAUGUAGGCUUGUGUUGUAAUGGGCUAUACUAGCUUUUGUUACUGAAUGUGGUCUUUUAAUAUGACUGUUGGAAGU